GCGUUUUAUCAUUCACCUUACAAACGCGCUGUAGAUCGAAUCAGUCUGUGUUUUGCUGAAGACAUUGAUAGAAUAUUUUAAAUUAAUUAUUCUGUCGCUUUCUGACAAAAAAGAGAUGAUCAUCGUUGAUGCUUCUAGAUAAAUCCAUCAGUUACAGUUUGACAUUCGGGUGACAAGAUGCAUAAAAUUGUCAGUUUAUUGUUUGGCUUUUCUGCUGUGGUCAUCUUCAUUUUACAGCUGUAUGUUCCUUUUUAAAUUGCGGGUCGACGUAUAUACAAGGUUUUUGGAAAUUUUGCAUUUCAAGGAUAAUAUAAAAGGAAAAAGGAGCCUCCUUCAUAAGCUAAUAUCAGAACAUGUUAAUGGAGUAUGUGCAGGAGUUUUGACUAUUAAGCAACCAUUUGGGGUACAAUGGGGAUAUAAUGUUGUGAUCACACUACUUCCACCUGAAGAUCCGUCAAAAACUAAAUUUGUUCAUGGAGAUGUAAGAUGUGUUUUAAUGAACAAUAUACCUUAUGCAGACGCACUGCCUCAUUUCAAUAUCACAACAAAAAUAUCACGAGCCAAUCCUGUUAGUGUAAAUAAAACCGGAUCUUGGUAUCUCGUUGAUGAUCAUCCUUUAACAUUUUACAAUUGCACCACACAGGAUAUCAGUUUCUACCGAAUAAAAGCAAUAUAUUCCAGUAUAGAAACAGUGUUAAGUGCUACUUACCCAGAUGAUGAAGGAGUAGAAGUGGAGGAAGUGGGAGUAUCAGCUAAAAAGGCACUCAUGGCUGGGAUUACAGUCCAAAUAACAUUCAGAUACUACAGAUCAUUGGAGAAUAAUGCAAAAGACGAAGUCAAACUAGCCAAUGGCACGGAUGUGACGAUAGUCACUGGGAAUCCAUUCAACGCAGUAAAAAACUUCGUCAAAGGCCAUAUGAAGAAACAUAAGUGAUCCGGGGCCCGUUUGUGAAUUCACAAUUCCAUUCAUGAGUUUUGAACUUUCAAGUUAUUAAUAUACAAUAGAAUACAGUAUAUAUUUUAAACACUAAUUAUUAUUACAGAUAAAUUCAGGGUAAAAUUGAAAUAUAAUACAAUUCACGAAUGAUAGAUGAUUGGAAAUUAAAUUUGUGAGAUUUAAUUGCUAUUAAAAUAUUGUUGGAGGAAAAAGAAA